AUGACUUCGCCACGCGAGCGACACGCCGACGACAACGUCGAGCUACUGCCGUUAAAAUCGGUCCUAGUUAAUAACAACUACAAGGAGGAUGAGGCCUAUUAUCCGCCGGCACCAGCAUUCCAUCCGCAUCCCUCAAGCUCCAACCUCUACGAGUACACACUGCUCUCGAAGCGAACGCCGGUCUCCAAACGACUUCUACGCGCGUCGCAGCCAGCACCUACGCCUCUGUUGACACUGUGCGGGGCGCCGCCACCGUCCCGUAAGCGAGAAGAGCUGGCGGCGUUAGCCAACCUUCGGAAGAAGGUCUCACCUGCGCUGCUACACCAGGACAGGUACUGCAGUUCA